AUGUCGUCCACAACGACGACCACAACAAACACAGCCGAAUUCAAAGACAGCGAGCAUAGUUUGAAAGACUUCAAAUCGGCACUGUCUACCACUCGAUCUAGCCAUGAGCCUCCGCAAGGUUUUCGUCUGCAAGAUGUGUUGAUACGGCAACAGUGCGGCAAAGGAAAGGCCAAGAGAUACUACCAGAGGCGCACUCUUGCACAGUAUGCCUUUUUAACAGUCGCAGGUUUAGCCGCGUUCUACAAGCUUGAUAAUACACAAGCACGUGUGGCUGGAAUUGGUCUCCUCUUUCCAGGAGCGGGCUUCGUUGCAGUCUGCACUGUACCCUCUAUCUUAACGCUGGUCUUGACACUAGCCGCUAUUCCGCUUAUUCUAUUUAUGUGGUUCGGUUGCGGGGGGUUGGUAUUUCCAAUUCUGCUGUGGGUAGGAUCUGACCUGCUUGCUGUCGCGCUUGCGAGGGAGACGGUACUGGAAGCCGCGGGACCCAUCGUCACAGUGGCAUGUGUCCUCGGCAUGACAUAUGUGACAUGGAAGACACAGAUGGCGAAUCAAGAAGCCGAGAAGAAGCGCGAGAAACGCAACGCAUUUCUCGUGAAUGCUGUCCAGGAAAACCAGGCGAAGGCCCAGCCAGCUCCAGCUCCGGGAUCACGAGAGGCCGACAAAAAAACGCUCCGCUUCCUGCAGUGGGUGCUUGAGAUGGGGCUUUCACCCAUAGAUGACUUCUCCUACCACGAUGUGAUUGAUCAGUUCCAGACUUCGGCAAUUCGAUAUCAACUUUACCAGGGCAUGUACGAACUCGCAGCCUUCCAAAACCAUUACUGUCCAAACUUUCAUGGGUAUCUUUCAAAAGCUGAGAGAGGCUUGAUCGAAAAGUCGAUGUCGAAAAGAGUGAUGAACUUCUGGAAGUGGGAGUCGCUUAUGGGCAAGUUUACGUUAGAUUGGGACCCCGUGAAGGAAGACAACAUCGUUAGUGGCAUCCCAGCUCUUCCAGUGCAGACUAACAACUCGCAGAUGGUAUCUGGAUACAUUCUGCUUGGGGCUGCAUUGUACCAGAUCGCGACACGGGAUGAUCGAUAUGCUAAAAAGAACUCCAUGGAGUUUGUCGUUACAGACAGCGCCCGGUACAAAUACGACUUAGGCUCGAUCGCCGAUGCCGUCUUUAACAACAUGGACCAGAAUCCUUACAAUCUCUAUCCAUGCGAGCCGAACUGGAUAUAUUCGCUGUGUAAUCUGGUGGGCAUAAGUGGCAUAGUGGCGUCUGACAAGGUGCUAGGCAACGACUACGGAGACAGGCUCAAAGGCCGUUUCGAAGCGGCCCUGGCUAGCGAGUUUUCGAACGCCGACGGCACCAUCUUGCCUAUUCGGAGUGAGCUGACGGGCUUUACGAUUCCGGGACUCGCGGGUGCAAUCUCAGACGUGGCUCCUAGUAUAUUUUGCGGACCAUACCUUCCACACGUUGCGCAUCGCCAUUGGGCGCUUAUGAAGCAGGAAAAUCUUCGUUGGAGGGAUGAUGGACAUCUUGAGUUGACAAAUCUUGUCGGUGCUGAUAAUCUAGACCCUGGUAAUUACAGGAGCGGCCGUGGCUAUGUUCGGGUUGCCAUGGCCAGCGUUGCGACCGAAUUCGGGGAUUACAAGAUUCGCGAUGAACUGAUGCGACAGACGGAUGAGGAGCAAUUCCCGGUCUAUGAAACGCGCACUGGGGCAUUGAAGAAUAAAGGACUAUCAACCCUUGGCCAAAUCAACACUUUGAGGAGCAGAUUAGGUGCUCAUGGCGAUUGGAACAGUCUUCUCAGGGAUGGUCCUUCAGAGCACUGCUUCCGCGCGCCGAUUCUGGACGAGGUACCUUUUCCAGAUGUUCUUGUCGGAAAAGCCUACUCGCAUGACGGGGAGUCUGUCGAAUUGGUGCUUUACAAUGGAAAGACGGCUGGGACGUUCACUCUAGGCUUCAAGAAUAUGAAAGCAGGUAGAGUUUACAGGCUGGGCUCACAGACUGCGGUGGCAGACCAAAAGGGCGAGGCUCAAUUUUCAGUCUUGAUUGACGGAAGAACGGCUGUCUUUCUAGAGCCUGUGGAUUAG